UGCGGGUCGAGCCGGGCCGCGGGCGCGUGCAUGCGGGGUGCUGGUGCGGCCUCGCCUAUAAGUGGGACGGCGCCGGGCCGGGUGAGCUCCCGCUCGAGAGUAAAAUUUUCCAAGCUUCCCGAGGUGUAGGAAAGAGACCUUUUACUGGCGUCGUACGAGGUUGGGGUAUAACCAGAGAUGGUGAUCGAUAAGCGGAGCGCCGCGCUGGUCCUGCUCGUCUGCGCCGCGGCGCUGGUUGCCUCGGCCGUCGGCGAUGGCCCGCUGCUGAACGGCAACUUCGAGUACCCGCCGAACCAGUCCCAGAUGAGCGGGUCGAAGGUGACGGGGGAGAACGCGAUCCCGUACUGGAAGACCACCGGGACCGUCGAGUACAUCGGGUCCGGGCAGCAGCAGGGGGACAUGAUCCUGACGGUGCCGGAGGGCGCGCACGCCCUGCGCCUGGGCAGCGACGCCUCCAUCCAGCAGCAGAUCAGCGUGACGCGGGGCCUCUACUACUCCGUCACAUUCCGCGCGUCCCGCACCUGCGCCCAGGACGAGAAGCUGAGCCUCACCAUCGUCCCUGUGACCGGCUACCCCGUCCAGUCCGGCGAGCCGCUCCCCAUCCAGACGGUGUACUCCAGCUGCGGCUGGGACGCCUACUCCUGGGCCUUCAAGGCCGAAGCCGGCAUCGUGUCCUUCACCAUUCGCCACCCCUGGCAGGAGGAAGAAGACGAAGGGUGCGGCCCCAUCAUCGACGCCUUUGCCAUCAAGACGCUCAACAUGCCACAGCCCACCCAGAACAACUUGCUGACGAACGGGGACUUCGAGGAGGGCCCGUACAUCCCCCCGGAUUGCAAGUCCGGGGUGCUGGUGCCGCCGAUGAACGAGGACGACGUGUCCCCGCUGCCGGGGUGGAUGAUCAUGUCGUACAAGAAGGUCGUCAAGUACGUGGACACGGCGCACUUCGCGGUGCCGCGCGGCGGGCGCGCCGUUGAGCUGGUGUGCGGCGUGGAGACGGCGCUCGUGCAGGAGGUGUACGGCACCGUGGAAGGGAGCUGGUACAGGCUGGAGUUCUCGGUCGGGGACGCGGCCAACGGGUGCGGGGCGUCGGCCGACUACUCCUCGUCGCCGGGGAUGAAGGUGAAGGCGAUCGCGGGGGCCAGCGAGACCACCGUGGACGUCGACUUCCGUGGCGCCGGCGGAUCCACGCGCGGGAAGCUCGAGUUCCAGGCGCCCGCGAGCCCCACGAGGGUGGUGUUCGUCAGCUUGGGCUACCACACCAAGUCCGACAACAGCGGCACGCUCUGCGGCCCCGUCGUGGACGACGUCUCGCUCGUCGCCAUCGCGCAGCCGUCUGCUCGCCGGUUGCUUCUCUAAGGCGCAAGUUUUUACGGCCGGUUGUACUCGUGCGGCGUGGCGUAGAGUGUAACUGUGCUGGGUUAGUACUGGCCCAUUUUGUCUUUUACCUAUUGUACUAGUAUAUUUAUUCAUAUUUCAUCUGAGGCUCUUCGUAUUA